CCUCCCCCCGCUACUAUCCGCGGCCCGGAGAACUGCCGCUUGCCGCCAUUGACACGCACAGAUAGAACCCAAAGAAAGGCAAAGAGUCCUGCCCGGCACCGGCGCCGCGCGGGCCGAACCUGCGCCCGGGGAGCGGCGCGCAGAGGGACGGGCGCCCGGAGCAGGCGGCGCAGCACCAGCACGAGUUAGUGCCGGGAGGCCACUGUGUCAGCAAGCUGAGAGGGAAACUGAGGCAAGAUGUCAGGCCGGAGCGGGAAGAAGAAAAUGUCCAAGCUGUCCCGUUCAGCCAGGGCUGGUGUCAUCUUCCCCGUUGGAAGACUGAUGCGUUACCUGAAGAAGGGGACGUUCAAGUACCGGAUCAGCGUGGGUGCUCCCGUCUACAUGGCGGCAGUCAUCGAGUACCUGGCAGCUGAAAUUCUAGAAUUGGCUGGGAAUGCCGCAAGGGACAACAAGAAGGCCCGGAUAGCGCCGAGACACAUCCUGCUGGCUGUUGCCAAUGACGAGGAGCUCAAUCAGCUAUUGAAAGGAGUGACCAUCGCCAGUGGAGGCGUUCUGCCCAGAAUUCACCCUGAGCUGCUGGCCAAGAAGCGAGGGACCAAAGGCAAGUCAGAAACUAUCCUCUCCCCGCCCCCAGAGAAAAGAGGAAGGAAGGCCACGUCAGGCAAGAAAGGGGGCAAGAAAUCCAAGGCUGCCAAACCACGGACGUCCAAAAAGUCCAAACCGAAGGACAGCGAUAAAGAAGGAACUUCAAAUUCCACCGCUGAGGAUGGGCCAGGGGAUGGAUUCACCAUCCUGUCUUCUAAGAGCCUUGUUCUAGGGCAGAAGCUCUCCUUGACCCAGAGUGACAUCAGCCAUAUUGGCUCCAUGAGAGUAGAGGGCAUUGUCCACCCGACCACAGCCGAAAUCGACCUCAAGGAAGACAUAGGUAAGGCCUUGGAAAAGGCUGGGGGAAAAGAGUUCUUGGAAACAGUAAAGGAGCUUCGAAAAUCCCAAGGUCCUUUGGAGGUUGCUGAAGCUGCCGUCAGCCAAUCCAGCGGACUUGCAGCCAAAUUUGUCAUCCACUGUCACAUCCCUCAGUGGGGAUCCGACAAAUGUGAAGAACAGCUUGAAGAGACCAUCAAAAACUGCCUAUCAGCAGCAGAGGACAAGAAGCUAAAGUCUGUGGCGUUCCCACCCUUCCCCAGCGGCAGAAACUGCUUCCCCAAACAGACGGCCGCCCAGGUGACCCUCAAAGCCAUCUCUGCCCACUUUGAUGACUCCAGUGCGUCCUCGCUGAAGAACGUCUACUUCCUGCUCUUCGACAGCGAGAGCAUCGGCAUCUACGUGCAGGAGAUGGCCAAGCUCGACACCAAGUAGCCG